AUGGUGAGAACCAGAAAUCAGAGAAAGGGAAAGAUACCUCGAAAAGGAGUCACUGGUAGCACCUCUCAAUACACGGGCACUGGCAAAUCCUCGAGUCCACUAUGUGUCGAUGAUGAAAGCCCUCCAACCGUAGCAACAAAUCCAGUCCUAAUUUCAAGAGUUCCCUUCGGCGAGCCUCAAGAACAGAGCAACACCUCACCAGGUAACCCAAAUCUCCCUCUAGCUAGUCAUGAUGAACAGCCUGAUAGUAUGCCCAUUGCGGCUGAUUUUGGGGACAACCGAAUUGUCGACCCAAACGAUCUAGUAGUACAACUUAGGUUUGCCAUAAAUCGCGGUUGGGAACCCGAUUUAUCGUCUUACGUAAGCUCCGAAGAAGAAAUAAAUUCAAGAGAGCCUGAAGCAGAGGAACACGAAGAACCCUUGAACCAAGAGGCAAAUCAUUCCCCCACUCCUCAUACCGAAGAACAUACCCCAACUAUUGAAUCCCCCAUUCCAACUUCUCGGGUCAAUGAAAACCCUAGAAAAAGGAAGAAACCCGACCCGUAUGAAGGAGCUGAUCCUAGGGCCAAAAGGCCAAAUGAUUUUCCAAUACGGGCAGGACCCCCUCAACGACAGCCAAAUAUCCCUCCUAAACCCUCAAAAACCAAGAAAUCAAAAAGGACACCAACAGAGGAUGAACAGGACUGGACACCAAAUGAAGAUAAUGAUACUCCUGGUGAUGAAAGAGUAAGAACCCGAGCUCAAAAGAAUUCCCAGCUAUCUACCAAUGAGAAAGAAAAACAAAAGACGAAAACAACCACCAAAAGGGAUAAACUGUCUAGCAAGGAAAAGGGAAAACAGAAAGUAGUUACUAAUGCUGACAUGUCAAACCUACCAAAACCCCACAGUACAACCAUUUUGAGAAAAGAAGCAGUAAGCUUAUGGAAAAGAAUAGUGGAGAGAAAAAUCAUUAGCCAAAAACUGCUUAUCAUAGAUAAGCUAGACAAUCCAGAACAGAUUCAAGAAAUAUUGAUCACAAACCAACUCCUGGGAACAGUGACCAAUAUUGAGCCCUAUGAUGAACAGGUUAUACAGGAGUUCUACUGCAAUCUGACAAAAACCAUCUCUACACCUAGUAGUCCUUUGUAUGGAAAGGUAUACGUGAGAGGCAACUUCUAUGACUUCAGACCAGACAUCAUCAACAGAUAUCUAGGAACACCAGAGGCAGAACAAAACAUGGAAAUAAACAGUGAGCAAGUUGCACAAGAACUCACAGCUGGAAAUGUCAUUUUUGAAAAGAACAAGAUCAAGGCAGCAUCCCUAACAAGCAAAUAUGCCAUCCUCCAGAAAAUAGCUCUAGCAAACUGGAUGCCAUCAUUACAUGAAUCCACUGUGAAAUGGACCUUAGCAGAGCUACUAUACAAGAUAGGGAAAGGAGUUAAACUCAACAUGGGUGUCAUUAUCUAUUCACAAAUCACAAAUCUAGCUGAAGACACAAAAUCCAACACCUCGAUUUUUCCAAACCUCAUCUUUGGCAUCUUGACAAAACAAAGUCUCAAAACACAUGGCCCAAAAACCAUUGUCAAGAACUUCAACACCACAGUAAAAUUAAGGAAGGGAAACCAUCAAAAUGACCUAAGGACCUCAGCCCCAAAGAACAAUCCACUAGACUCCAAGACACUAAUCACGUAUUUUGAGGGAAGACUAACAGAAUUGGAAAUCUCAGAAAAACAAAUCCUAAGGAAACACAUGGACAUCAAGGAAGAAAGAGCAGAGAUAUCAGAAUGGUUAACAAUCCUAAAAGCAGAUAAUGAAGAAGAUCAUGAGGAAGAUCAAGGAUCAGAAGAAGAAAGCCAAGAGCACUCUCAAGAAAAGGGUGUUGAAACCCCUGUUUCAACAUCAAAUUCAGAAAAUAGACCUUGA